AUGGCUCUCAAGACUCUCUUCCUCCUGGUGGCACUCACCUGGCUCAUGGCCAAUGCAGCUGCAACCAGGGACCUGCCUACAAACCCGGGACUUGACCUCACCACCAGGCUUGAAACCAGUGGAGGAUUAGUUGAAUGCUGGAACGCCCUCAUGGAGAUUAGGCAAUGCACAAAUGAGAUCAUCCUCUUCUUCCUCAACGGCCAGACUGUUCUUGGCCCUGAAUGUUGCCAGGCGAUCAGCAUCAUCACCCGCAACUGCUGGCCCGCCAUGCUCACUUCUCUAGGGUUCACGGCUGAGGAAGGCAACAUACUGCAAGGCUACUGCAAUGCGUCAUCUGGGCCUCCUACACCAGCAUCGCCUCCCCUGUAUCAAGUGGGCAUGGGGUGA